GUUCGAUUUAGUAUUCAUUGCUUUCCCCCUCCAAUUUUAUUUUUCUCAUUUCUCACAUCGAAAUGGCCAAGCAGCGUGUCAAGAAGCGCACUCACCAGAAGCCGCAAAAUGCUUCUGUUGUGAAGGGCAGCGCUGCCUCGAUGUCCAAGACCCCGAAGUCUAUGGUCAUCCGAGUAGGCGCUUCUCAAGUCGGUAGCAGUGUGACCCAGUUGGUUAAGGAUGUUCGUCGUAUGAUGGAGCCCGAUACCGCUGUGCGAUUGAAGGAACGCAAAUCCAACAGACUGCGAGAUUAUACCGUUAUGACCGGUCCCCUAGGUGUCACUCAUCUUAUGUUGUUUUCCAAGUCCGCAACUGGCAACACAAAUAUGCGACUCGCUGUUACUCCCCGUGGACCCACCCUUCACUUCAAAGUCGAGAACUAUUCGCUGUGCAAGGAUGUUGAAAGAUCCAUGAAGCGCCCAAAAAGUGGCGGACAGGACCACAAGACACCGCCCCUUUUGGUCAUGAACAACUUCACUACACCAGGUGCAACCGAAGAUUCCAAAGUGCCGAAGCGGCUCGAGACCCUCACAACUACGAUCUUCCAAUCCCUCUUCCCUCCCAUCAACCCCCAAAGCCAGCCUCUAUCUUCCAUCCGCCGUGUCAUGCUUCUCAACCGAGAGCCUGCCGAAAAAGAUAGCGACUCAUAUAUCCUGACUCUCCGUCACUACGCCAUUGCCACGAAGAAGACCGGUGUAUCGAAACGAAUCCGUCGCCUGGACCCCAAAGAGAUUCGGAACCGAGACAAGAAGAAGACCGCCGUUCCCAACCUUGGAAAGCUAGAAGAUGCCGCCGAUUACCUGCUCGACCCCUCUGCUGCAGGCUACACAUCAGCAAGUGAGACCGAGCUAGACACCGAUGCCGAAGUGGAAGUUCAAGAGAGCACGACCCGCCGAGUCCUGAACAAGCGGGAAAUGCAGCGCCAAAAGGCUGCAGAGAAGGGCCAGGAUAAGCCAGCCCAUACCACCGGUGUUGAGAAGCGGGCUGUAAAGCUCGUAGAGCUGGGCCCCCGCUUGCGGCUUCGCUUGAUGAAGGUUGAGGAUGGAGUCUGCGAUGGCAAGAUCAUGUGGCAUGACUUCAUUAAGAAAUCAGAGAAGGAGAUGCGGAAAAUGGACCAGAGCUGGGACGUUCGGAGGAAGGAGAAGGAGCAGAGAAAGAAGCUGCAGAAGGAGAACAUUGAGCGGAAGAAGCAGGAGAAGGCCAAGGCUAGGGGCAGUGGCAAAGAAGUGGCCGAGGAGGAUGAGGAUGAGGAUAUGGAUGAUGAUGAAGAUUGGCUCAGCGAUGAUGACUUUGACAAGGACGCUGAGGGUGGGGGUGAAGCGGCAGAUGACGACUCUGAAGCCGAUUCGGACGAGUCUAUGGAGGAGUAAGUGGCUUUUUGAAGUCAUCAUACCACACCUUUCCGAAAGCUUCUACUUGAUCGCUUGAUGGAUGAGCCGGCUCUUGCGAUUGAACAAACUCGAUAAUUCAACUCAUGCCGACUUGUCUAUCGCACUGGUGGACUGUAUCAAAAAUGACCCCCGUCUUCACGUCUUAUAUCCAUGUCAUAUGGACCAAAAUUUCUGUCACUGUCACAUACCCGAUAGGCAUCUAGGCGUUUUUCAGGUUUUGUCUUCAUAUAAUGCAGUCUUGCAAAUUCAUCCUUCAUCCUUCGUCCUUCAAUGAACUUAGUAUCACAAAAAACUUCCCCAAAGAUGUUAGUCUUACUUGAAAU